AUACCGCCGCCAUAUUGGUAUUGUCAAAAAGUUCACGAUUUAUCGGUGUGAAGGAAAAAAUGAAUUUUCGUUUUCCACAAGUCGAAUUGAAACUAUAUGUGUGAUUGGACAGUGCAGACGGAGUAUUUAGAUGUUUCGUUCACCGUAUUCACUGCGGGAUAAAGUUUACAAAUGAUGUUUUCUAUGACGAAAGGUUCGGACCGUAGUGGUGCUGAGACGGAGUCGGAGGCCGGCGGUGGUGUAGCCAAGACCGUGCCAUCCGACGAGGUGGCUUCCGCGGUGGCCGCUGUUUCAGAUGAGAUCGUGGACAUCCUGAAGGACGAAUUCGGGGAUGCGGACAGCGCUGACCGCAUCGGUGCAGAGCUGGCGGACUUGGGCGCGGAGCUAGGCCUGCUGGCUGGCCUGGCGGACGAGCCUCAGCACAGCUUCCCCUCGCUCUUCGAAAUCGCCAUCGGGCACCGGGGGUCUGGUAGCGCUUCGUCCUCGUCAUCAUGGUCCGGCGGUCGCGGCGGCCGGUCCAGACGACCACCGAGACCGCAGCGCGCGCAGCGACGUCGCCCCAUCGCUAAAGGCAAAGAGAUAUCGCGGCGACGCAGCGCUGCGGCGCGUCGUGCGGCGUCAAUGCGCUUGCGCUGCAUCGAGGUGGUGUCGGACGCGUCCGACGUCGGCGCCGACUCCGACUCCGACGACCAAUGGACCGAGUUGGAUGACAAUUCGGGAACAACAGACAGCUCGUCGGGGAAGGACGUGGACAUGGUCAGCAUUGACUGCACCGCCUACCAGGACAAGGGAUCGCAGCAGGCGGAGGCGCCGGCGAUGGGCCAGUUCCUGUUGCCGCUGCUGAGCGCCGACGCUGGCCCCGAGCCCGAACACUUCCUCAUACGCCACGAGGACAUACUGCAGCUAUUGGCUUCAGCGGAGAACAGCGUGCGUGACGAGCUGCCACUAAUGGACGACGACGACAUUAACUCCUCGCCAGACGCGCUGACGGCUGAAGUGAUAGAAGAAUAUGAGGAGCCGGUAGUGACACCGGAGGACGAGGCCGCGCUGCUGCAUUAUGUCUGCGAAGCGGAGGUGGACUCUUACGACGGUGCAUUGGAGGGGUUCCGCGCGGUGGAGGAGUGGCUGCUGGGCGUGUACCACUCAUGGUGCGAGAUCUCCGCGCUCAUGUACACGCUCGUCGGCAGCGGCGCGCACGUUGACUCGUCGGACUGGUCGUACCGCGCGCGUUUCGGCUGCCACUGCCGCUUGUGCCUGGGUCUCGCCAACAACGAGCGGCCGCUGCGACGCCUGCUGCGCGCGCUCGUUUGCGCUCUCGCUCACGGCGGCGACAGCGCGCUCGCGGCGCACGUGGUACGGGCGCUGCAGCUGCGGCCCGGCACGCCGCAGCCCUAUGGCGAUUGGGACCUGACGCGGCUGCGACGCCUCACAGUUUCCGCUGCGGGUGAGGCGAUAAUCCACGACCACCUGUCGAAGCUGGCGCAGCAGAGCGACAUCACGGAGGAGAUCGUCACCAAGAUAUGCCUGUGUCGGACGUACGACAAGCCCCUAGAGAAAGAAAACGCGAUGGAAAGGUUUUGCAAGUUACUAGAAAACUUCAAGACAGUUUCAACGAUUAACUUUAAGGUGGAGCUGGUGACGAGCGGGGCGGAGGGGGCGGGCGGCUGGGCGGGGGCGGUGGCGCGGUGUCUCGCGCCGCACCAGCGCCGCCCCACGGCCGAGCGGCUAGCGCACAUGGCCGCGCGCACCGCGCCGCACGACCUGAGUGCGUGGGAUGGCUACAAGCACCGCUGCGACUGCCUGACGCCGCGGACGCUGUGCGCGCAGCAGAGGAAGCAGUUGUUGAGGAUCUCCUUCUUCGGUAUGAUGCAAGCCAUGAACGAGUUUAACAACACGAGAGGGGCUGACGAAAAGGCGCCUAUACAGGUGUUACCGGAGGACAGCGGUAGGGAGUUGCAACAGGGCGAAGGGACUGGCGCUAAGCCACCGGAUAUGGAACAAGGGGCGGAAGCGGCGGAGUUGCCGGAGGUGACGGAGGUGAUGGAGGCGGCGCAGGCCACGGGUUCCACGCCCGAACUGAGCGACUCCAACAUCACCGCCGAUCUCGACGACUUGUCGGACUCCGGCAGCGGCGCGUCGCUCGGCCUCUCGUCAUCGUCGCUGGACUCGGCGUCGGAGCUGCUGGUGUUCGCGGCGGCGGGCGAGGAGGGGGAGGGGGGCGGGCUGUGCCGCACCGUGCGUCACCUCAUGCGCUCCAUCGCCUCCAUCGAGCGUCUCAUGGACAGGGUGCUGCGGCACUGCGACGAGUGGCCAGCGCCGCACGCGCACGCGCCAACGCGGACCGAUCAUGAGGCGAGGAAACGCGUGGACAUGGGUCUGUCGGAAGUGGACCGGAAGCUCAUGGCGAUGUACCGUCGACUACCCGAGGUGCACAAGCGCCAGCUACAGGUCUACCGCAAGCAGAAGAAGCUGUCCACGGUGUGCGCGCAGCUAGUGGGCGAGUCUGCGCCGGCGCCGCCCGCGCCAGCGUCUCCGCCCCCCGCACCCGCGUCGCCGCCCCCCGCCCCCGCGCACGCGCCCUGCGCGGCCCUCUGUCCGGAGUAUCAUCUGCAACGGUUUAAAGAGGUGCGGCGCAAGGUGAUGCACAUGCGUGACCAGCAGCUGUACUACCACCGGCUGCGGAUGUGGCUCGAGGACCAGCUGAGACACGAACGGGAUAAGUUUAAGGCCAAUUUCAGUGUUCCGGACACCAAUGUGACUCUAGUGGAAGAUCUGCCCCGGCGCAAACGGAGGACGCUCAGCCCCAAAGUGCCGAAAGCGAUCUGCGCACCGAAAAGGAAGCUCAAGCCCGCCCACGUCUCGCAAUACAUGAGCAAGCCGCACAAAAUACUGCAGCUGCUCAAACACAAGGCCCCCGCGUUGAGCGACGCCAUCAAGUCGCCAUACAAGGAGAUCGAUGACGAGGCCAAAUCCGACGCCGAACCGCCCGAAGCCUUCCCCCUAGACAAGGAAGACAACGUCAGCGAUACAGAAACGAUAGUGGGGGAAAAGGACAACGAUAUAUGCAAGGAGAUGAAAGACUGCCUCGUCAAGUUCGCCAACUUCGCACUCAACGCGCCCGACACUGAAGCGGACGCGGAGGCCAAGUACCCCGAGUCCGUUAGCCCCCCGCUCCAGGAGAUGUCGCCCACCACCGAACCGACCCCUAUCUUCGCACAGAAACCCCGCAUUCUAGUUAACAAGAUACUAAAUAGGGGCCCCGAGAAAGACGACAAAUUAAUAGACUUCAGCUCCCAGGCGGCCCCCGAUAUUAACGUCCCGUUCAACGCCCGCGUGCCAGUAGAUAAGGACGGAGCGAUCAAAACGAGGGAGACGGACGAUCCCAAGGAUCCCGACGCCUACAAGUAUAUGUCGUUCGGUAUGGAAAUCAAAAAAGCUAUGGAGGAGUGCCAGAAUAUAAUUAUAUCCUACAAUAAAGACGAGAAGGAUCUGGAGAAUGAAAUGGACGGCAACUACUCGCUGGAGCAAAUCGUCGAGGUGAUUAUGAGCUUGGAUAAAAACACGACAGAUCUACUUGACAAAAUGGACACCGACGAAUCCGUGGAACUGAACAACGCCAAUACCAAGCUGGCUGAGCUCGUCGAAAACAUGCCGCAGAUACUUGCCAACAUGCCGGAGAUAGCUUCGAAGCUGUCCGAGUUCGCCAACGCCAGCUUCGAGCUGCCCGAGUUCGCCUCCAUCAUGAACAGUCUGCCCGACGUCAACAACGAGGCGCAACUCACGCCGGAGACGCUCAAGCAGAUACGAGACUUAAAACUGUCGAAACGAGACGGCGUCAAGGUUACGAAGAGAAAAAUUAAUCGAAAAGUCAAAAGUAACGAGAACGACAUCCACACUAUGAGCCUCGAGUUUGACGGGAAAGACAUCACCGACCUCCUCAAGGAGGACACCGAGCUGCAGGCCCUCAUGAACCACAAGAACACCAAGGAGGAUCUGAUGAUCAAGGACCUCCUCUUCUCGAUAUCCGCUCAAGUCGUCAUAAGUAAAGUCUUCGAGUACGUCAAAAACAAUAAGACGCCCGAGCUGGCGAAAUACUUCAACAACGACAAGGACCUGUUUUCCCUGCCGCGAAACAGCAUUGAUCCCGAAAUGUACAACAAAGCGUCCAUUCUAUUCGACAAUUCCGUGAAGGAUGCGCUCAGCAUGCAGGAGCUGAGGGAGCUAGUUAAAUCUAGGUUUAAUUCGUGGAAAAAUUACGUAGCGAGUAAGUUUAGGAGCAUACCCGUCGAGAUACUGGACGGCGAAAUAGAAGCGAUGCUGGACAAAUUUUACGCGUACAUCCAGGUGUUAGCCUCCAAGCAGAGCGGGAACGAUAGCGAUAAGAUUAUAGAGAGAAUAGACAAGAUGAGGAAGAACAAGGACGGCAGUGACUCCGACAGCGACGGGUGCGCCGCCGCAAAGGAGUCGCUCAAGCUCAUCACCAAAAUACUGAGCAUCUCCGCCGGCAACACCUUCGACCUUCUCGUCAUGAAACUGUCGAAUAUGUCGCAAGAUAAAAAAUCCUCAGUGAAAAAUCUCAAAUUCAAAUACAUAGACAUGGUGCGCCGGUGCUCGGAGUCCCAGGAGCUGAUACUGUGGAUCCUGCUCGACCCGGAGAUAGCGACGAACGUGAUACAGGAGUUGACGGGCUUGGAGGUUAGGGAAAUAGAUAAUCUGCCGGACUUCUCGUCUAUGACGAACGAGAGGAAAAAGGAUUACUUUUUAACUAAACUUAGGGAAAUGAACAAGCAGUUCAUGCAGACGCUGCCCAAGAAGGCGCUGACGGGGGACGAGUGGCUCGUCAUGUUGUACCGGCUCGAGCAACUCGAGGAUAAACUUAAGGAGGCGUUCGCGAAAGUGACCACGCCCCCCAAAGCCGUCCAAGCCAACGAGCGCCACGCCGCCAGCGAGGCGGAAAUACUAGCCGCUAAGGGUCUAAGCAAAAUUAUAGGCAAAUCCAACUUCAAAGUAGCAAAUAAGUCCAAUGAAGCUCCGAAACCGGUGAAAAAGGAGCCCGAAACGGAACCACCGCCGCCGAGCACCGAAAAAGACGACGAAAAGCUCAAAAACGACGCUCUGCUGGCUAAAUGCGAGGCGAUCCUCACGUCCAAAGGCGAGAAGGCGCUGCUAGAUAGUUUUUACACGAUAAAAUCGUACAUAACGCAGGGUCUGCCCGUCCCCGAAACUUACAAGAAGCACGUCAUAUCCAUAUGUUCGAGUAUCGACGCGAAACUACUGGACGAAGACAUAGAGCAGACCCUGAAAGCCAAGAGCGAGGAGCAGGAAAACGCAGAUACGGAUAAAGACAAAAACUCGACGGUGAUAGGUUCCCAAAAUCCUGAGUUCCUAGCCAAAUACUCCGCUCAAGCGCUUAGGAACGCAAAGCAGACAUUGAACGUUGUCGCGUUCAGAAAUCUCAUGAGGAAUGGCCAGAGUAAAUCGGAAAGUGACGCGUGUGAUACCCCGAAAUCGAAUUGCAAAUGGACGAACGACUGUGUUUGCGAGUCGUGCAAGGACUCUGACGUGUCAGUGUGUUUGGGUGACAUCAUGAAGCAGUGGUACGACGAGGAGAAGACGAAGAACGGUCUGGAGGAGAAGAAGAAGGAAGUGAAGAAGCCGAUCCAAAAGGUGAAACCCGUGCCCAAGAUGUGCGAGAAUGCAGUGCAUCCGCAGCAUGUCUGUAAAGCGGGCCACGGCGCGAAUACUGGCGCGGGCGCGGACGAAGCAGACGGCGACCAGCCCUGCACGUGCUGCUACUGCACCGUGUUCGGACACGCACCACCUUUAACGACACCAGUGCCAAGAAAUUUCAAUGAAACGAGAGAAAGGUUACGGUCCAUACUAAACAAGAAGAAACAAAAGUGCAAAAGCAAUGGUGAGGUGGAAAACGAGAAAGCAACGCAGCCGGCGCCGCAUCCGCCGCACCCCGUACAUCCUACGCACGCCACUGCCAAACCACCUGCGUUGCCGAAAACUCUGCCACCGAACCUCACGAGCGUGGCGCAGAAACAGGCGCUAGAGACACAACACAAACAGCUCGCCGACAAGAUGGCCAAAAUGGCCGUCUCCGACAAACAGGAGAAUAAGACGCAGGCUCGAGCGCCGCCGGCGCAGGCGAACACGCAGGCGCUGCGGACCGACGGCCGCGUCAAUCCCAACGCUAUGGAGCAAAUACGGUUACAGCAAUUGAAACAACAGCAGUUACAACAGAUGCAACACCAGCUGCAGCAGCUGCAGCACCAGCACGACCACGAGCAGCAGCAGAAGCCGCAGAGCAAGCCCGAGCCGAUAUACGACCUGCCCAUACACAACAAGCCGCAGCUCACGCCGCAGCAGCAACAGCAGAUCCGACAGCAGCAGCAGCAGCAGCAGCUACAGCAGCAGCAACAGUUGCAGCAGCUGCAGCAGCGACAGGCGCGACAGCAGCAGCCGGUGUCGCUGUCGAGUCGCGACACGAGCGUGUUCUCGACUUCGUCAGGGUGCUCUGGGGGCUCGUGUUGGCGCGGCGAGCGAGCGGAGGACCCGCGCGACUUGGACGCGCUACUGCAGUAUAUCGAGGGGCCGGCGCGGCACGUCGACCGCGGGAAGAAGAAGGCGAAGAAGGCGCGACAGAAAGCCAAGCGGACGGAGGCGCGGCUGCUGCAGCAGGCCCGCAUGCUGCGGAUUGAGCUGGCGGAGGGGCGGCGCGCGGCGGCGGCGCUGCGCCACGCCCACGACGCCGCCUCCGCGCAGGUCAAGGGCGCGCGACAUGCGCUGGCGCACACGCAGCCGCGGGCAAGAAAGAAGGGCAAAAAACAGAAACUGAAUCCCGAGCAAGAGUCCAAUCUCCAACUACUAAAUAAAUUACUAGAAGACUACCUGAAUCUAGUCAACACUACAGCAAAGGAACUAGAGAAUAUCGAGAAGCGAGUGAGCGAGUGUACUAAGCAGCUGCAGCAGGUCGACCGCGAGCUCGCUGAGACGAGAGCCAUCCUCGGCCCUCAGGCUGAUGAGGAAAACAUGCCACAGAAUGAGCUUCUUGAGGCGUACAUGCGGACGCUGGGCGGCAGCGACCAGGGCGUGCGGGCGGCGGUGGACCGCGGCGUCGCCGCCAUCACGGAGCUGCUGCGACCUGACCGACUCAACGCGCUGGGCCUCCAAACCAACAACAAAGACAAGAGCGCGGCGCAGAAGGCGGCGGAGAAGAAACAGACCUGGGAGCAGGCGGUCGCCCACAUCAACCAGCUGGCCAAGGGCGCGCAGAAGGAGAAGAAGAAACAGAAGGAAGAGGUGAAGGUUGAAAAGCCGAAGCCGAGUCCGCCGGCGCCGGCGCCGAAGCCCAAAUCGGUCGAGGAACCACCGCUAUCUAAAAAACAGAGAAAGCUGUUGGCGAAGCAACAGGCGGAGGAGGAAGAGAAACGAAAACUACAGGCCGAGAAACAGAAAAAAGAAAAGAAACAACCGGAACCUGUGAAAGAGAGUAAAAAAGACAAGAAAGAACAGAAGAGCGAACCAGAGGGAAAGAAGAAGAAGCAGGAACAGAAGAAAGAAAAUAAGAAACAAGAAGAAAAACCUAAAGAUACAAAACAAGACAAGAAUGUGCCAGCUAAGGCCAAAACGAAAGAAUCAAACAAAAAGGCGCCAGCCCCGGCCGCGCCGAGCGUUGAAAAGCCAGCAUCCUGCAGCAUCAUGGAGCAACUCAGCUGCGGUGUACAGGUGGCAGACCUACGCCUGCCGCCCGGCAUCACGCUGACGCGCGUGCAACCUGCAGAGAAGAAGGAGCCCGCUAUCAAGUCCGUGCCGCUGUGGAAAUGCGGGUCGCUGGCGGCCACGCCCACGCCGCCCGCGCGCCCGCCGCCCGUCAUCAACGCCGACCCCAGCAUGCUCGUGUUCUCCACCAUGCCCGCGCAGCCGCCCGUCCGCCCGCCCGCCCCCGAGCCCGCGCCCCAGCCCGCCCCCAAGUCCAAGAAGGCCCGGAAGCGCGCUAAGAAGGCCGCCGCGGAGGCCGAACCCGCCCAGGAGGGGCCCAAGAUGGUGACCCUCCGCAACCCCAUGUUCCACCCCGACCUGCCUGCCGUGCAGCUGGGCGCGCCGCCCGCUGAGCUGCGCGUGCCCGAACCCAUCCCCAUGCCGCCGGCGCCCUGCCAGGCCACCAUCACACCCACGUCCAACGGCAUGUACACCAUCCGCAACCCGCUGAUGUCGCUCGUGCACCGCCAGGGGCUGGCGCGGCCGCCGCCGCCGCCGCCCGCGCCGCGUGCCGCGCCCGAGCCCGGCGCCGACCUGCCCAGCCGCAUCAUGAACCUCGCCUCCUUCACGCAGUCCAACGACGAGGGCUACUCGCUGUUCAAGACGGCGGACGACAGUCGACCGCGCGGCUUCCUCGCGCCGGACUACUACGAGGCGCCGAGCCCGAAGGUGGUGUCACCGAACCCGAUCGGCACGCGGCCGGAGCGGUACGAGGCGCGGCCGGAGCCGAUCGGCCCGCCGCUGCGGCGCGAGGGGGGCGGCGGCGGGGGUGGGGCGCUGUACACUCCCUUCGGCGCGCAGGACGGCGUGUUCCGACAUGCGAUGGUGCGGCCGGAGCCCGCUGAGCCGCCGGACGCGCUGCCGUACUUCCAGCGCCUGCGCGCCGGCUCCAAGCUCAACUCGGAGGUCACCAUACACUACGUCACCGACUCCAAGUACUACAAGGGCCAGGAUGUGCAGCCGGACAUGCCGGACGAGUCGCUGUUCUCGCGGCCGCAGCCCACCUGGUCACACCCUAAUUGUGCGGCGGCAGGCGCGGGCGGGGUGAUCGGCCCACCGCGAGCGCGCGCCGCGCCCUCCCCCCAGCACGCCUCCACGCUAGAAAACCACGUGUACGGCGAGCGCGUAAUGGCGGAGAUGUGCGAGCGGGACGACUACAAGCGCUUCGACUAUUUCUACGAACCGCCAACGCAUCUCGACAUGGCCAUGAGACACACAAAAUAAAAAAAUAAACAAUAAGGCCCCUUCACACUGAAGCAGUGGUGAUCUUGUGGCGCUGAUUUUCCCUGUUUUCGAUUUGCAGAGCAUAAUGCGACUCAAUGCCAAAGUGUGCUAAGGCUUCAUUGGAACAUAAAUCAGUUUGUUUCAGAGUAUUGUGCGAAGCUGUAGUUGAAACAUUAAAUAUUGAGCAUUUUCAUAAUGCGCUCUAGUGCUGCAAUUGGAAAAUAUUGUCACCAAGACUAUGUUCACAAGUAACAAUUUACAAGAUGGCGGCAUUAGUUCUGAUAUUAGCCAUAAGAUCAUUGUACUCGUUAUUAUGAGGGUUUUCAAGACACAUAGCUCUUAAAUGGUGGCGGUGUAUCAAAAAAAUAGACUGUUCGACUGCCUACGGCUUCCAGUGUUAACUAUGAGCUGUGGCCAUGAAAACCCUCUUAGU